AUGGUGAGACCAGGGGCGAAUCUUAAGCCAGGGCAGGUGCAAUUCCAGACAGAGUCGGGAGAGCUUCUUCUCAACGCAAGUCUUGGCUGUGUUGUGCAAUCGUGGACACUGGACAGUCUCUUCUCUUCUCAUAUACAAGGAAACAAGUUAUCUUUUAUUAUGUCGGAUCACAAUCGAAACCCCAAGAAAACAAAGAAUUUAUUCUCUUUUUUUAAGAAAAAGAAUGAUGGGUCAUCAUCUUCUAGAAUGCCUCCCAUUUGUGAUGAGCCAAAUCUUCUCUCUUCUCCCAUUGUCGAGCCUCAAGUUGAAAGAGUUGAGACUCAAAGAGUUGAUAGUGGUCAAGAUUUUAAUAUCAAUUAUCUUGAGCGUGAUCCGUUCCAAGAUAUGAGGGCACAUGGCUGGGAUGAUUUAUUCAUGAGUGUGGUAUCCUUUUGUGAACAACAUGGUAUUGAUGUUCCUGAUAUGAGUUCUCGUUAUAUAAUGGGCACACGUCGUUCUUGUCAACAAAAAGAUUUUAUUACAGUUGAACAUUACUAUCGCAUUGAUGUAUUUAAUGAUGUGAUAGAUUGCAUGUUGAGGGAGUUAAAUGACAGAUUUCCAGAGCAAACAGUUGAACUUCUUAUUCUUAGCUCAGCAUUGGAUCCUCGUAAUUCCUUCAAAUCAUUCAAUAUUGGGCAUCUAUGUAAACUUGCUGAGAAAUUCUAUCCUGCUGAUUUCAGUCCAAGUGACUUAAAAGGUUUGGAAAUUGAGUUGAGGUAUUUUCAAAAUGAUAUGCAUCGCCUUCCCUGCUUUAAGGACCUCACCACUCUUCCUCAGUUAUGUCAACAAUUGGUGGAAACAACUUUGGCAGAAAACUACCAUUUGCUUUACAGAUUGAUUCAGUUGGUGUUGACUCUUCCUGUUUCCACAGCAACAACGGAACGAACUUUUUCAUGUAUGAGAAUUAUUAAGAAUAGACUUCGAAGCACCAUAGCUGAUGAAUUCCUUGCUGAUUGCAUGAUUCUCCACAUUGAAAGAGAGUUUGCUAAUAGUAUCGAUAAUGAAGAGAUAAUUGAAGAAUUUAAGAUUUCUAAGCCUCGUAGGAUAUGCAUAUUUGAGGGUAAGGCUCAUUACGUCCCCCUUGACUAG